AAUCUUGACGGUGUGGCACAACGUUAGCUAUGGACGGAGGAACAGCACAGCAAGUGAUGUCUUUCGGGUUGUAUUAGCCCCUGACAGAAUGAGAUAAGAUGGAAACCGUAACGACGGAUUCGUCUGCGGCUGAAGACGAUGAUUGUUCAGAUUCAGAGGUUUUAUGUCUGAUGAGAGUCGGAAGAAACUCAGACUGGCUUCGCCUGUUCGACAACACAGAGAUCACGAUUGGACGUGGUGCGGAUGUAACCUACCAGCUGUUGUCUCCAAGCUGUCCUCUGAUGAUCUCCAGACUGCACUGUACUUUUAAGCAAAGGGAAGAUGGUCAGUGGACAGUGACAGACAUGAAGAGUCUCAACGGCGUGUGGGUGAAUGGAAACCGCAUACCUGCUGAAGAAGCCCAUCAGCUGAGGCUCGGAGACUCCAUACAACUUGGGGUUCCUGUAAUUGGAACCAAUGUGGAGUUUGACUACAUCCUCGUCCAGCGGCCCCUCAAAGACAUUAAACUCUGCCUGGCAAAGGGACAUAGAGAGGGUGUUAAAGCAGCCCAUGUUCCCAAGAAGCCCAAGAGGAAAUUGGCUAUGGAAGAAGUUGAGCCUUCUACCUCAAAGCCCAAGCUGUACCGCUGCUCUUCUGCAGACAAGUCAUUUGCAAAGCCCUGCCCUCUGUCACCAGUGAAACGCCAGCAGAGGCUCAGUCACACCCAGCCGGCAGAAACUGGACCCAGCAGACUAGUCCAGGAAGUAGACCAGUCCUCGGAUUACUCCAGCACUAUUUGUGACCUGGACAACUUGCAGAUGUACAGCCAGAACCUUCUGAUGCUGAGGGAGCAGGUGGACGACACCCAGAGGCAGGUCGCCUCGCUUGGGGUAGAGCCCCAGAAGGCCGACCCGCUCAGAGAGGAGCAUGUCAGGGAGCUGCAGGUUCAGCUGGAGACACUCCGAGCCAAGAUGCACCGGAUGGAGACGCUAGAGAAGUCCUUCAGUGAAACUAAGAGGCAGCUGGAGGCCCAGAAAACACAGCAACAAGAGGAGCUUUUGAAAAAACAGCUGGAAGAAGCUUUGCAAGAGCAAAAGAAGGUAAUCGGUGAACUUGCCCUUUCUCGGCAAGGCUUCGAAGAGAUUCUUUUGGCCAAAAACAAAGAGCUGGAAGUGACAAAGGAGGAGAAAGAGAAGGCGAGGGCCCAAAAGGAGGAAGUUGUUACACAAGUGACUGAAGUUCUGGAGAAUGAGCUUCAGUGCAUCAUCUGCUCUGAGCUCUUCAUUGAGGCAGUCAUCCUGAACUGCGCUCACAGCUUCUGCUGUCACUGCAUCAAGCAGUGGCGUAAAAAGAAAGACGAGUGUCCCAUCUGCCGACAGGCCAUCCAGUCCCAGACCCGCUGUCUUGCCCUGGACAACUGCAUCAACAGCAUGGUGGAAAACCUGAGCCUGGAUAUGAAGGCGAGGCGGCAGACGCUCAUCUCUGAGAGGAAAGCUGCUGACUCUGCUCAGGUGAUGGUGAUCGAUGAUGAUGAUGAUGAUGAUGACGACAGCAGCAGGAGCAGCAGCGACAGUGACGGCAGCAUGGUGUCCAUAGACAGUAGCCUCAGCUCUGUGGUCUCCGUGGACACAGACAGUAGCAUCCACUUGGACUCCAGUCCGCCCUACAGCGGUUACUCUGAUGAAAGUGUUGAUGACUUUGAGGAUUAGCUGUGGGCUGUAAUGUGAAUCGGACUUUUUGGUGUUGCGUUUCCCUCAAAUGUUCCAGGGAAUGAUUGGGCUCAUCGUGAGUCCAAAGGUUUAUGUUUUUCUUUUUGUAAAAUGAUCAGUUGUGUUGUUGUCUUUACUUUCAACUAAAGGAAUAAAGUUUUUUCCUAUGCAUUUUCACACUCA